AUGCUCUUAAAAUUGAACGUACACUUAAUCCCCGGUGUCCUCGUAACGACUGGGAGGGGAGGGCGGCGUGCGCCAAGGGGAAAGAAGAAGAACAGGAGGAGGAGGAGGAAGAGGGGAGCGGGUCCCCGGGCAGGGACCUGGCUGGUAGCCCUGGGCAAGUCGCUUCACUGUCGCCUCCUGGCCCAGCUGCGACAGAGCCCACCCUGCCCGGGGGAAACCGAUCCUUGUGCACCGCGGAGCGGCUCCGCUCCGGCCGCGCCCCCUCCCUCCUCCAUCCUCCCCCCGGCUCAGGAGGGCGGCCCGGCGGUGCCCUGGAGGCUCGUCCCUCCCCGGGGGAGUCCCGCGGGAGGAGCAGGGCAGGGAGAGGGCAGGGAGAGGGCAGGGGAGCGCCCCGCGCCCCCGCCAGGUUUCACCUCCAUCGCUGAUGCCGCCGCAGCCGCGGGCACCCCCAUCCCCGGAGGGCAGCGCCGGGCUUUGCUGAGGUAAUUCUCUAAUGGACCAAGAAAGCCAACGAUGACAAGUUGUGGUCAACAGCCCUUGAAUGUGCUGAUGGUUCUGCUCUCAUUACUCUUGUCAGCAGUGCUGUCCGCGCAUUUUCGGGUCUGCGAGCCGUACACGGACUACAAAGGUCGCUACCACUUUGGUUUUCACUGCCCCCGUCUUUCUGACAACAAAUCAUACAUCUUCUGCUGUCACCAUAACAACACAGUGUUUAAAUAUUGCUGCAAUGAGACAGAAUUUCAGACUGUUAUGCAGAUGAACUUAACAGGGACUGCAGAUGGAUAUAUGCACAACAACUACAGUGCCCUGUUAGGAGUGUGGAUCUAUGGCUUUUUUGUGGUGAUCUUACUGAUCCUGGACCUUUUAUAUUACUCUUCAAUGAACUAUGAUAUUUGCAAAUUUUACCUGGCCCGCUGGGGAAUCCAGGGAAAGUGGAUGACACAGGGACAGAGCCGAUGGAUUACCCCUGCUCAGGACCCAAGGCAGACACAGCCUCAGCCAGAGACACAGCCUCAAACCCAGCCCCAGCCUCGAACAUCACAGACAGUACACACUUUAAAAGGAGAUGCUUUAAGCCCACCCCUGGUGUCUUUUCAGAGUUCAUCUGCCUGUAUGAAAACCAUCUGAGGGCUGCCCAAGGCCUGUGUGGGCUGAAGGUCAGGGUGGAUGCACCUCCUGCAAGCCCAGCGCCGUCACAGCCCGACAGGGCUCGCACCGCUUGGCUUCCCUCCUGCUGGCUCCUGCAGCUCACCAGCCUGGCCCUUCCACUGCCUGGCCGGGGGACAACCUGCACUCUGCUUACCUGAGCAAGCUUUUACAGCUGGAGAUGGAACUGCAACCAGCAGCAGGCAAAUUAUUUCUACUGCUCUGCAGAGUAAGAGCCAGGGCGGCGAUAAAAAUGAAGUCUUGCCAGUUGGGGAAUCGAAAUCCUGACUGCUCAAACAAUUGGGUCUCACAGCUGUGGGAAUGUUGUUAAUUAAUAGUAAUGGAAAUGGCCAGGUUUAAGAGGAAGAUCACAUUAAGAAGGAGCUGGCAGGGUUCCUGCAGGUCCUCCGUGGUUGUGUUUUGUUCUAGAUGUGAGAGGGAGACCUGAUCCCUCAGCCUGAUGUUAAACUCCUCCUCACCUCCAUCAAGGAUGCAAAUCACAGGGAAUAAACACUGUCUUUAAGUCCAACAUUUGCUUCUGUGUUGCCUGCCUUUGUGCACAGCAGCAGGCAGAGGCACUGUCUGAUCACACAGGUGCUCUGUGACUCCGUGUCAGAAACCUGCUGCUUGCCUACAAUCAGGAAAGGGAGCAGCCCAGCAGGGCUAGCCUGUGUUAUUCCCUUUACACAGCCACAAUGGAUUAGGCAAAGACACGUCUAUUUUACUUUCCCUUAUUAUUAAAGGCUGGAAUCUGCCUUUGCUGUGAAUUCCUCUGGGGCACUUUGUCUUUUGGACAACAAAUAGAAUGGUUUCUAGCCUGCUGCUAUUCACCUGCUACUUGACACCUAAUCAGAUGAGGACCAAAGCACCAGAGAGAACAAAGCCUGUAAAAACACUGGCAGAGUUUAGGAGCCAGCAGCAUGUCCACAGCAAUGUACAAAACCCACAUAAAUAUUUUGCUGGGGGCUAAAGAGACCCUGUGAAAGAAUUUGCUUUGAAAUCAAAUUUUGGAACAGGAUGUAGACUAUCACUGCAGUCCUUCCUUCAGUGACUUGUACAAAAGUGAGAAGGAAGAAGAAGAAACAAAAUAAGAGUCUCUGAAAUAAGAUGCCAUCGCUUUCACCUUGGAAAAUGAACUCCCAGUGUAUAUUUUGGAUGUUGAAAAACGACUCCCUAAACUCAAGGAGCAACAAGCAGAAAAUUAUAUUGAUGUGCCUCAAGAUGGGAGAGGUAAGACCAGACUUCAAGGAGCAGCUUUCAAGAAAAUCAACUAAAUUACAAGAGCUGAAAAAAUUAUGGAUAAGCAGGAGAGAGAAA